AGUGUGCUACGGCCCCUCGAGGAGAGACAGUUUCAGUUUGGUUGAGAUGCUGAUCACACCAGCAGCCUCACAGAGAGCUUCGUUUUCGUGUCUUUCGUUUCAAAGAACGACUACCGGUGUCGAAAAAAAAGAGAUGAAUCACGGAAAGCGACAAUAUAACGUUAACGGGAGCGGUGGGAAGAAGGAGAAGACUCCGCCUGAAUGACCCCUCACAAAGAGACGCGUUUCCUCGCGCUGCGCUCGUGAAGCUUGUCAAGCGGAUUCAAAGGGGCGCGCGAUCCAGCGGCUCUCGCGCACAAACAGUCAUCAAUCAUGCCGGUGCGACGGGGUCACGUCGCGCCGCAGAACACGUUUCUCGGUAUUAUAAUUCGCAAAUUCGAGGGUCAAAACAAGAGAUUUGUCAUAGCCAAUGCACGCGUCCAGAACUGUGCCAUCAUCUAUUGUAAUGAUGCCUUCUGUGAGAUGACGGGGUUUUCUCGACCGGACAUCAUGCAGAAGCCGUGCACCUGUGACUUUCUGCAUGGGCAGCUGACCAAGCGGCAUGCCAUCGCACAGGUAGCACAGGCUCUGCUUGGUUCAGAGGAACGUAAAGUGGAGAUCACUUACUAUCACAAGGACGGAUCAGACUUCCAGUGUACAACACACAUCAUUCCUGUGAAGAACCAGGAGGGCGUGGUCAUGAUGUUCAUCUUGAGCUUUGAUUAUUUGUUGAAGGAGGGCAGCAUGGAUUCAUUAGACCGACUCAACCACACCUCUCCAGCUAGACAAGAACAAAAAAAAGGACGUUUCUUCCGUUUUCGUCUGCCUGCGCCACUGAGCAUGCUGGGAGUAAGUAAGCAAUCUCUUCCUCAGGAGGACCCGGAUGAGGUGACCAUCCAUUCAGUCAAUCAGAAUGAGAAACACUCAUCCUGCUCGUCAUCUCUCUCUCUUUCCCUCUCUCCACGUGAACUCCACCCCCCCACCGGCGAGAGCUGUAGCCCCUCCUACAGAAACGACACACAGGCUCUGAUUGGCCAGAGUUAUAUGGGGUCAUGUUCACCAAUCUCAGGGCCACAGGAUCACUCGUCUCCACGGGGCCCCUGGGAACGGAUUGACCCUCAGGAGCCUUUGGGGACUGCAUCCAAUAGGGCAUCGCGGGCCAGCAUGUGUACAUUUAGGAGAGUGUCAUCUACGCAAGAUUUUGAAGGACUCAGCACACGUACACAGAGGACGUACCGUGAACGCCAUGCUAGCGAAGAUAAUGGGCGUAGUAUUAAAGUGUCACGCUCUUGGAUGGCUGGGGGUCCAUUUAAUCAGAUCAAGUCCAGCCUGUUGGGAUCCACAUCCGACUCGAACCUCACCAAGUACAGCACCAUCAACAAAAUCCCGCUCAUCACACUGAACUUCUCAGAGACCAACAACGACAAGCGAGCAUCCUCUCCACAUUCCUCAGAGAAAACAAUCAUCGCACCAAAGGUCAAAGAUCGCACACAUAACGUCACAGAGAAGGUCACACAGGUUUUGUCACUAGGUGCCGACGUGCUUCCAGAGUACAAGCUUCAGACACCUCGCAUGGACAAGUUCACCAUUCUACAUUACAGUCCCUUCAAGGCUGUCUGGGAUUGGCUGAUUCUGCUGCUCGUCAUCUACACAGCCAUUUUCACACCAUACAGUGCGGCCUUUCUACUCAACGACCUGGAGGAACGGAAGAGGCGUGAGUGUGGUUACUCCUGCAGUCCUCUCAACGUGGUGGACCUCAUAGUGGACAUUAUGUUUAUUGUAGACAUUCUAAUAAACUUCCGGACUACGUACGUCAACACCAAUGAAGAGGUGGUUAGCCAUCCAGCUAAAAUAGCAGUGCAUUACUUCAAAGGCUGGUUCCUCAUAGACAUGGUGGCGGCCAUCCCCUUUGAUCUUCUCAUAUUUGGGUCAGGGUCAGAAGAGACCACAACUCUGAUUGGCCUGCUGAAGACUGCCCGACUGCUGAGAUUGGUCCGUGUGGCACGGAAGCUAGAUCGUUACUCAGAGUAUGGGGCAGCUGUCCUCAUGCUCCUCAUGUGUAUUUUUGCUCUGAUUGCUCAUUGGCUGGCCUGCAUAUGGUAUGCGAUCGGUAACAUGGAAAAGCCCUAUCUUGAGCAUACGAUUGGCUGGUUGGAUAAUCUAGGCAUGUCCAUAGGAAAGCAGUACAACUACAGUGAUCCCGCCUCUGGUCCGUCAAUCAAGGACAAGUAUGUGACAGCACUGUAUUUCACAUUCAGCAGUCUGACCAGUGUGGGCUUUGGGAACGUAUCACCAAACACCAACUCCGAGAAGAUCUUCUCCAUCUGUGUCAUGCUCAUUGGCUCUCUGAUGUAUGCUAGCAUCUUUGGGAAUGUGUCAGCUAUAAUCCAGCGGCUGUACUCCGGAACAGCUCGGUACCAUCUGCAGAUGCUUCGGGUCAAAGAAUUCAUCCGCUUCCACCAGAUCCCCAACCCGCUCAGACAAAGACUUGAGGAAUACUUCCAACAUGCGUGGACCUACACCAAUGGAAUUGACAUGAACAUGGGUUUUCCAGAGUGCCUGCAGGCUGAUAUUUGUCUUCAUCUGAACAAUAGUUUGCUCCAGAGCUGUAAGGCGUUUCAUGGAGCGACCAACGGAUGUCUACGGGCACUGGCAAUGCGUUUCAAGACCACCCACGCACCGCCGGGUGAUACGCUGGUGCAUUGCGGGGAUGUUCUCACGGCCCUCUACUUCCUCGCCAGGGGAUCCAUUGAGAUCCUCAGGGAUGACACAGUGGUGGCCAUACUGGGUAAGAAUGAUAUUUUUGGAGAGAUGAUUCAUCUGUAUGCCAAGCCGGGGAAAGCCAACGCAGAUGUUCGAGCACUAAGCUACUGCGACCUGCACACCAUCCACAGAGAGGAUCUUCUGGAGGUUCUCGACAUGUAUCCUGAGUUUUCUGACUACUUCCUGUCCAAUCUGGAGCUCACGUUCAACCUGCGUGAUGAGAACGCCAAGGGUGCCACGGGUCCUCAGAGGAACCUCUACACAGCAGUGAGUGACUCAGAAGACACAGAAGAGCCAGACGUCAAAACUGAACCCUGCUUUAAGACAAAACACUUUGCAGGUACUCUGAACAGACCGAGCAGGCCAGACAGGGAAAGGGGGAGAGAGCAAGAGGUUCACACACCGCCGGGAGAGGAGGAGGAGGAUGAGGAGGGUGAGGAAGAGACAGUGAGGCCACUGGGUUUGGGGGUACUGGAUCAAUCCUUUCCUGUCAACCUGAACACCAUCCCUAACACAUACAAUAAAGACUGUGUUGAAAACAAUCUGUUUCACAAAGCACUGGGACUUUGUGUGUCUCCAGACGUGUGUGUUGAAGAAUGGCCUUUUGGGAAUGCAGAUGACUCAGCGAAAUCUCAAGACAGAGAGGGAGGAGAUGACUGUGAAAGUGAUAUCACAUUUGGGGAAAUGGAGCAAAGACUGGAUCUACUGCAAGAACACCUUAGCAGACUGGAAGCUCAGAUGACAUCAGACAUCCAGGCUAUUUUGCAGUUGCUCCAGAGGCAGAGUACUCUGGGACCUCCAGCGUACAGCACUGUGGCCGUCAGCCCAGAGUACCACAAACCAGUCCAGCCAGUCAAUGCCAUACAGACACAGAAUCCUGAUCAGGAGAAGGCCUGCACCAAAGCCAAAGACUCAAUGCCUGCUGUUACCAAGGAGAUGACCUACGAUGUCAGCACAACGACCCCACUGGUGACAGACCUAGAGUGGGGGGCAGAGCUAGUGCUGAAGCCAAUGGAAAAUGAGCCCUUGGCAUCACAGCAGCCAAGAUCUCUUCAGCUGUCCAACAGACAAGCAUCCCUCCCAGAUUCGCCACCUGGCAGCGGCAUUUCAGGGCUCCACAGGCCCUCCUCCGAUCCUGGACUUCCAGGGCAGUAACAUAUGAUCAAAUAUUAUAGUUUUAAUAUAUUACAAACUGGUAGUAAAGCAAAAUAUCAAUUCCAUUAAAGGCAGAAUUCUUAGGGGAAAAUAAGAUCAAUUUUGAAAGGAUAGUUCACCCAAAAAUGACAAUUCUGUUAUCAUUUGUUCACCCUUGUGUUGUUCCAAACCCAUAUGACUUUCUAGGAAGAAUGUUAGCCUCAGUCACCAUUAAUUUUCAUUGUAUCAGAAAAAAAAAAAAUACAAUGAAAGUGAAUGGUGACUGAGGUUGUCGUUCUGCCUAACGCCUGUGUUCCAUGGAAGAAAGAAAGAAGAGGGUAAAUGAGUAAAUGAUGACCAUUUUUAUUUUGGGCUGAACCUAUCCCUUUAAUAAUUUCUAAUUAUUGUUAGCUUUGAAUGAUUAUAAUCUGCAUUUUAAGUAAGAAGGCCUUAUAGAGAAGGGGGCAUCCUCCUAUAGGCUUCUAAUGUGUAACUAUGCGUAGACAGAACAAAAUCUACAGCUCAACCUCCUCCCUUCACAGUAACAGCUCAGGGUAGAGAACGCAAAACAAAACGAGUCUUAUGCAAAGAACUUGAAAAUUACCUUUCCUGUCCCAUAUAUUUACCAAUCAAAUAUAGUAGUGAAACAAAAGCAGGUAAACAGAAGCAUUAGCAUGAACUCUGUAGGAAUCUAUUUAAAGGUUAUUUUGUGUGUGUGUUUUUUAAGUAAAUAUGUAAAUGGAAUGAUGCAACCAUGAUAAUGAAAGAAAGAUGCAUGCUGGGAAAAAAAUGCAGUGUUUAUUUUUUUGCAUGUUUCUUAAAAGAUACGCAUUGGUAAUCAAACGCAAUGAGCUCGUUUUUUGUCCCUAUAUCACCUAUUUGAGAUUUAUAUAUGUAAUGUAUUUAUUUACUUAACUAUGAAUUUCCUGGUAUUCAGGAAGAAUCUUUACUUGAACUGAACUCUGCAAAGCCUCAUCAUUAAAACAGGUCAUCAUCUCAGAAUAUCACAUUAUUCUAACCCAUAUCAGCCAUUCACAGUUUAGUACAUUCAACAACACAUUGUCCCUUGAGAGCCAAGUAAGCAUUUGAACUGUCAGUAUUGCGAUAUUGUCUCAGUAUUGAAUUUGACAAGAUUUUAAUCCAAGUGAAUUGCUCAUAUGAUCAAACUCGCAGUUUUUUGGCCCUCAGAAUGCCUUGUACACUUUGUGUUUCAGAUGCUUUUUCUCAUUUCUUUCUAUGAUGCAAUGUCAUUUUAGGACUAAACACCACCUGCGUGAUAUGCUGGUUCUUAUACUCUCCAGCUGUAGCAGUGUUAUUUAUUUUUAGCUGUAUGACUUUAUCUAGAUAAUUUGAUCCGAGAGAUGCAGGUGAAGGUAAAACCCCCAACCUUUAGCUGUUGUAGCAGCUGUGCUCCCUGGCCUUCCAAAAACACACAUUUUAACACAAUCCAUAAAAACGCACACUCUAGUAUAACAUCACAUGAGUUCAUGUGUAGAAGGACUGCAUGUUUUAACCAAAGUUAGUUAGAAGUAUUAAUCAUUUAAUCCACAAUUAAUGAGAUGCAUUGAAACACACUGUCUUCCUAGUAUCAGAUAAAAUUAAAUAAAAAAUAGACAAAAAAAGAGCAGAAAAAUGUAUGCAUUUCUUAAUUUACUAGUUUAUUCUCUUAGGGCCACCAGAUUUAGAGCGUGAAAAUGAAUAAGAUUGGGAGGCUGGAACCUGGAGGCUGAGCAUUGCGACAUAUCAGUGUAUUUGAUAGAGCUCUAAAUUCUCACACUGUAGCAUAGCCUGGCAGGGCAUUAGCUGUGAUCACAGCAUGCUUUGACUUAACAGUUUCCUGUGAUAUGGUCCAAAUCAUGUCUCAUGUUUCAGUAAGUUGGCCGAAGCAGGUUUGCCUUAGGGGUGCUUCUGGGACAUGGCCAGGACACAUGCCAGUGCGGGAAGAGAGCAAGAGAGGGAUAUGAUUCUAUUGCGAUCUUUUGCACAAACACUUUAAAACAUCUUUUUAAAACUAGUGCUGUUCACAGAAUUGUUUUUAAGCAUUUUUUUAAAAUGUUUGACACUGUAUUUUAUAUAAUGCAGCCCAUAACAGCUGGUUAGAAUGUUUUCUUCCUUGGGUAUAUUGGUUUGUAUUAUAUUUAUGCUGUAUAAUGUGAAUAUUACAAGAGUUAAAUUCAACGCACAACUGUGUAAAUUAAUAAAGGACAGAAUGCUUAAUUUACAACACUGCACAAGAUUAUUUGCAUCUUUUAAAUGAAGUGCACACUUUAGGGU